GAACACCAAACAAACACACAGACACAAACAAAAAUUUGUUGUAGUCCUGUUGUGCUUAAGGACCCAGCUACAGUCAGUUUUGCUAUCUAUCACAUGAGAAUACUAUGGAGCAGUGGCUUCACUGAAGAAGAAUUCCCGCUCAAGAUUAGCUGCACAUGCCUCAUUGGCUUCAGUCAGACUGACCAGAUUCUGUCAUGGGUGUCAUGGCCUUCCUUCCACUGAGCUGUCUUGGCCUUCUCAUUGCUUCUCAAGGAAAGAACUGUGGCUCAGCUGGAGUAGUGGAUAAUGGACAGAUUGACUACUCUAAUGAAACACUGUUUGGUGAAAAAGCUGUGAUCACUUGUAAUGAAGGUUACAUACUGGUUGGUCAGAGAGAGAUCAACUGUGGAGACCAAGGGUGGAUGGACAGCUUACCUGUAUGUGAAGUGUUGAAAUGUGAUCCGCCAGCUGACAUAACAGAUGGCAAAUUCAGUCCACACAAAGAAUCCUAUGAAUACCUUGAAGUUGUACAGUACAGCUGUGUAAAUGACUAUACACUCAAUGGAUCAAAAUCAUUAUCAUGUUCUACGGAUGGAAAAUUCACACCUGAUCCUCCAACAUGUACCAGGGUUGAAUGUACUGAUCCUAAGAUUGAAAAUGGCACAUGGAAAGAAGGUGCUCGACCUCCAUACAGGUACAAGAGUGCAGUGACACUCCAGUGCAAUUCUGGAUACAUUAUGAAAGGAGCAUCUAUCCAGACAUGUGACAUAAAUAGUCUGUGGUCUCCUGGACUUCCACAAUGUACACCGGUUAAAUGUACAGAUCCCAAGAUUAAAAAUGGUGAUCGGAAGGAGGGUUCUCAACCUCCAUAUAGAUACUCAUCUACAGUGACGCUGGAGUGCCAUUCUGGAUACAUUAUGAAAGGAGCAUCUACCCAGAAAUGUGACAUAUAUGGUCUAUGGUCACCGGGACUCCCAGAGUGUAAACCGGUUGAAUGUAAAGAUCUCAGGAUAGAAAACGGUGACUGGGUGGAGGGUUCUCGACCUCCAUACAGAUACUGAUGCAGAUCAGCCGUACCGGAUACAUGAUGAGAUGAGAACCUACCCAGACAUGUGACAUUAAUUGCCGGUGGUCACUUGGACUUGAAAAAUGAAGAUUGUACAUGACAAUUAAAAUCACGACAUGAUGUCUGGAAUAAGAUGGAAAACAAUUGAAUGCUUAACUCAUUGUUACCCUUAGGGCAAUUUAAAUUUUCAACUUUGUCUUGCUAUAUCUCCAGUUGUUCUUGUUUUAGUUGCUUUACAUUUUGAAUUUUUAGAAAGCCGAAACAAAAUAAAAGGACUUUGUGAAGAAUCCGUA